ACCUUUGUGUAGUAUAGGCACAUCUGUAGUGGUCCGCAGGUAUAGUGCUGCUUUCAACGUCACUUUUGUGCAAGCGAAUCCAUGGACAUGGACGCCCAUAACCUUGGCGGCGAGGACAUGCCACACGAGCACGGCAUGUGGUACUGUAACGGAGAACCUCUGAUGUCGGAUGGUGGUUCAUGGAUUGGACACUUCUUGCCUGGUGUCGCAUUCCUGAUCUGGGGUCUGCACUGGCUUCAAGGCACAUACAGGAACUACUUCACGAGUCGGCGCUCCAAGAGUCAGGAAUACCGUUCCCAGACGACGUACUCUUUAUGGCGAUUCCCUCCGUACGCGGAAAGCAUCUGCAAGGUCGCCUUGCCCCUCAUCGCGAUGUCUCUGGAGCUCUUCUUUGCGCACGCGGGCGGUUGGAGGACCAUGAUCUGCCCCCCGGGGACUGCACGGGCUGGACACUUCUACGGCCCUCACAUCGGCAACUGGCAGCAUGCGGCCAUGUACCCACCCUUCAUCCUCUCGGGCAUUGUUGACCUGGUUGGCUAUGAGGUGGAGCUGCCGGAGGGUGUGCAGCAGGUG